UGCACCUGUGCUGCCUCUUUAUCGAGACCUGCUGAUCCGCUCAACACCUUCCGCGACGCCGAUAACCAGCGCUCUAUCAUGGCAGAAGCUGAAGAGGAGAGAGCGCCGCCAAGCGAUGAGGAGCAGCAGCAGCAGCAGCUCAGCUCUUUCGCCGGCGGCCCGGCGGACACUCAGCCGACUGCCCCCACAGAGGGCACGGAGGAGCGGGCAGCGGAGGUCGCAGCGGCCCGCCCCCAGCGCAGUGACAUCUCCGUGGAGCCAUCUCUGGACCAGUUUAAGAUCAGGAAGUUCUUCGUGUUGAGGCCUGGCACUCUGAAACAGGCUAUCAAAGACAUUGAAGCUCUGGUGGAUGAAGGAGUAGAUGGCAGCGUUCACAGCAUUUGGCUGAUGGCAGAGGUGGAUCACUGGAACAAUGAAAAAGAGCGCCUCGUCAUCAUCACAGACAACUCUCUCCUGGUCUUCAAGUACGACUUUGUCAUGUUCAACUGUGACCAAAUCCAGAGGAUCCCACUAAACAUUAUAGAUCGCAUCUCCCACGGCCAGUUCAGCUUUCCAAAGAACUCCCUGCUUCAGAGGGAGGGGGAGGGGCUGCGAGUCUUCUGGGACCGGCUGAGGGAGCCCUCCUUUGCCUCCAGGUGGAACCCCUUCGCCACUGACCUCCCCUGCAUCACCCUCACCGACCACCCUGUGAGGAGCAUCAGCGACACGUUCGCUUCCCUCUGCGACAUCCAGAACUUUCAAGAGCGGCUCAAGGAGGCGGCGCAGAAAGCACACGCCAUGAAGCCGUUUCCCGGGAAGGCCAACGGCGUCCUGGUCCUGAAGCAGCAGAUCCACAUCGAGGCCUACGUGGGCCUCAUGUCUUUCCUCGGGAACCAGAACAAACUGGGAUACUGCAUGGCUCGAGGAAACCUCGGCUUCUAACAUCUUCUGCUUUUCAUAUAAUAGUUUUGUUGUCGUUCAAAUAGUUGAAAAAGAUUAUUAUGCCUUGAAUUCAUAUUUGUACAUUCGUUCAGUCAAAUUGUUUCAGGAUUGACCAAAGACGUUUCCAUAUUCGGGUUUGCUUUAGUGUCGCGUUGAAGCCUGGAUUCUCAGGAUGUUCUGUGUGAGGUUUAAACAACUGUGUGAUCUCCCCCUUCUGCUUAUUACCAGUGUGAAACAUCCGCAUUUCAACACCGCUCCACACUGGAUGACGGAUCCCCGCGCUGCUCUCAGGGAGCUUUGUAUUUGCUCCUCAGUGGUAUGGUAAUUCAACUGUGUUUGCAAUGGGACUCCUUUCUUCCUCCCCCGGUGUGUCUGUUAAAAAGCUCAUUCCUAUGCCGUUCAGCCCCUCAGAGAUUCACCGGAGCAAGGGGGCCCAUUUGUCACUUUAUAGUUUCAUCAUCCGCUGUGUAUUUUUUACAGUGCAUACAGUGUCAGAGUUUCCCCUUGAUUUGUGUGUUUUCUGUAUGUCGCUGCACCUGGUUUGGUGUCACAGUACGCAUCUUGUUCUCUUUUCCUUUGUGGUGGUAUAAAAUAUGCAGAUUUUAACUUGUAAUCCUAUUACUGUAACUCAUUAAUAAAUAUUGCUUUACUUCCCAAGAUCAAACAGUGA